GCGCUGUUGAGAGCUCAUCGAGACAGUAAGGAACAGGUCAGGCGUCGGCAACAGCUGUUACGAAGGCUCGAAAACGCAUCGGGAUCAAGACGGCACCGAGGCUGAGCGUACUUUAAGGCUCCAGCGAGGAGGAGACCGAAAGUUCUCUUCUGUUGUGAUCUGCUGAACUACGGAUAUGCCACGAAAAACAGCUAAAUCACUUCUCCUCAAAUCAGUGUUAGAAUCCAUUGAUCCAGAGGAUUGUGCUUUGUGUCGACGACCGAUCAGGAAGCGGAAGGAUCGACUCCUAUAUGGUCCGGCGGAGACCACGAAUCGUUUCUCUGUCCACUAUUUUUGCCUCUUAUUCGCCUCGAAUCUCGUUCAGAAGGGAACGGAGGAUGAAGGCAUAAAAGGAUUCCUACACCAAGAUAUCAUCGACGAAGUCGUCCGAGGACGACAUCUCUUAUGUUCGUGCUGCCGUAAAUCCGGUGCGACUAUCGGCUGUGUAGUGGAAAAAUGUCGCAGAGUCGUGCAUUUCCCUUGCGGCUUGGAGAGCAACAUGACGUUCGAUUUUGCUUCCUCGUCUUUUGAAACUUUCUGCCGGGAUCACAGCCCUUUCCCUCGCGACCCUCCACCGGACCGUAAUUCAGUUUGUUCAAUAUGCUUGACGAAUUUCGACCGGAUGCAAAAACAUAAGUACAGGCCCAUAACGUGUCCGAAAUGUCAGAAUUGUUUCCACAUCAACUGUCUGAGGAAAACGGCUUUGAAAUCCGGAAUCCAUCAUUAUCGGUGUCCCUUCUGUCGCGAUGAAGAGACAUUCGUCGCUCAUUGUCAACGAAACGGAAUAUAUGUCCCAGAUCAAGACGCCGCGUGGGAACUCGAGGAUGCCUUUAACGAUCAUUAUGAGGUUCUACUCAAAUGCCAUGCUUUCGAAUGUCUUUGCCCAGGGGGACGGAAAGUGGACAACGCGCAUUGGGACAUAACGAGUUGCAGCACCUGUGGAUUGAACGCGACCCACGCUCGGUGCAGGAACCUGGGAGAAGAUGGGAUAUAUAUCUGCUCCGACUGCACACCCAUGCCACCAAAGCCACAGGCUGGACAACCGCAAUGCAAUGCGACUGAGUGGUUCUAUUCGAAGUCAUCAUUCCAUUUCUUGGAGCCGGAUGAAGUGAUUCAAACUCUCAAGAAGACCGACGAAGACGAAGAUAUUGACAUCGAAUCGGACUCUACAGAGAGCGAUGCUCAAGCCCUGCGCUCCGAGAAAAGCCUCGGUUCCCCUCAAGAAUCGGUCUGGGAUCUGGUCCUGGAGGAGUCCAAUGAUCCGCAGCCAAAGGGAGACGAGCUUCGCUUACCAUCUCCUUCAAAGUGGAAUGAUUUCAAAGUAUUGAUCUCCGGAAAAGAGUGCGAGAACAUCUCGCAACAUCUACCCUGUCUACCAACUCGGUUGCAAGAGCGACUCCAAGAAACGAUGGACUGCGAACCGUCGAGCUCAGCCCUCAAGCGGUUUCCCUUUCCACCCAUCCAUGAAAACUUCUUGGAGGCUCCUGACGGUGCAUCCAAACUCAACGCCUCGUUAGUUCGAGAUCCCGACAAGGGAGACAGUGCCGACCGUACUCUAAAACAAGAGCAGGACAGCAACUUCGAAUAUAUGUCUCUCGCGUGAACUUAGAUGUGUUUGAAUCUUAUAUCUAUCUCGUCCGUGACCU